AAGUUUAUAUCUAUGGGACCCACACUUUCAAAGUAUCUUAUAUGCCAUAGAACGAUCCAAAUACACUUUACUAAUUAGAAACCUGAAGUCCAAGGGGUUGAAGAACUUGUCCAAGACCUCAUAUCUGGGAACUGGUGGAGCAGGUAUUCAAAGUCAGUGUGGUCUAAUUCCAUAGCCAAUGUUGUUACCUAUGACACCCAAACACACCACCCCUCUCAGAUCUUUAUCUAUUUGCUGUCAUUUAUAACUCUAACUAUGUCCAUGUUUACUUCCUAUAGCUGUAUCACAUGGAACCAUCUAUUUAAUACAAAAUAGUGGAAAAUAAGUUAAAAAUCAGAAUCACAUGAAAAAUGAAUAGGAGAAGAGGACUAAGGGAAUGAUACACAGGCCACAAUGUCCAGUACAGUCACGAAAAUUGGGGGCUUCAAAUGUGGUGUUUUUGCUUCUUAGUGUCAAAACAAAAAGGAAAACAUGGUCAUUUCCAAAGUCACAUUGUCUACUUGGGGCAAUAAGCUAAGAAGGGUUCAUUUUGGGAGAGUUCAUGGAGAGGGUGAUUUUGUGCAGUGUCUUUACAGAAAAGAGAGAGGCAGUUUGGUGUAGAGAAUUUGUUCUUCAUCAGUGAUUCUCAAGCAGAGCUACCUACUGCUCUGGGACAUUGGGCAGAAGCUUUCAGAUUGCAUCCCUGAUGACCACGGACCAGCCUCACGGGGGUCAGGGUCGUCUGUCGAGAAUUCUGCUACUGUGUGCUGUGCUGCUAAUGACAGUGUACUAACCGAGGUGUACAGGUGAGAGCCCCUCAGGUGGAAGAAGGAAAGGGAGGAGAACACCUGUUCUAGAUAAAAGGGAGGGGAAGGAGUCAUUUAUUCAUUCACUUCUUCUAAAAACAUUCAGCAUAACACCAUGUGUGAAGGCAAUAUAAGACAGAAAAAUGGAGUAUGUGUUGUGUUGGAGAACGGAGGGGAAUUAAGUGCUUCUGUGUGCCACACACGCUGUUAAGAGCUUUACGUAUAUUAUUUCAUUUCAUCUCCACCACAACCGCGUGAAGUAGGAAUAAUGCCCAUCUCACAGGUCAGAAGACUUGAGCUCAGAGAGCUCAAGUAACUUGCCCAAGGUAAAACACCUCUGAAAUGCCAGGAUGGAAUGACAUUCAGGUGCUCUCUGUCCCUACCCAGCCUAUUUCCACUCUCCAUUUUCGAAGCCACCUCCUUCUUCAACAACUCCAGGGGGUACCAUUCCCACUGGAUUCUAUGUACAAGGCUCUCCUGAAGCUCAACGAGGGAGGGAAAUCAAAAUGGCUUCAAUUAAAGCACACUCUCUCAAGGGGUUUUUAGCCUAACUGUGGAAUAAAGACCAGUGUGUACACAUUCCUAAAAACAAUACAAAAUACCAAAAGAGGAGAACAGAGGUUGGAGGGAUUCGUUCUGCUGGGCUUGGAGGCAAGGUAUCUGGGAAGGUGUGGAAGUAGCAGCAUUUGAAUUGAGCCGAGAAGGAUGGAUACAAUUAAAUGACAGAUUUUAUUGUGUGGGAGAGAUAUUUUCUUGGAGAGGCAGUGGUAUGUUCUGGAAGGCCUUUCCAGGGACUUGAGAUUAGCACAGUUCUGCUGGGAAAGGUUACACUGACAUCAUGGAAGAGUGAGUGGAGUGUAAGGGACAGCAAGGGACAGAUCUGAAAUCCAAGUACACACCUUCACUGAUCUCUCUCCAGUUCUGCAUACUGCCUCAUCUUCUCAAUCAGAGAGUCCAGAACUGCCUAGCAGAGUGACACUGGCGUGUGAAAUCCCAUCUAGUGCUCCAGUAACUUAAGACCUCAGAAAAUGAGGAGGAAUUUUGAAGGAGGAGGCAGUGGAAUCAGGUUUCGGGACCUAACACUCCUCUUUCCUCCUUCCUGUUCCACCUCCAUACACUCCGUCUUGGAAACAUCAGACCUUUCUUUCCCCAUGUGUUGGCAGUGCCAGUUCAGGGAAAAUAAAGGAGUUUCUUUUGUAGCUCCAAGAAUCCAAGUUGGUGAGAAGGAGGGCUUGCUUGGCCCAUAGAGAAGACAUCUCUGAUUCCUCUGGGCCUGCUCUCAGACCUUCCUAUCCCAUGCCCCAUAGCUCUCGGAUGCCUUCAAGAGAAAUGCAUAAUUUGGAUUUGGGUGCAGCAGGCUGCACACGUAUCACAAGGAGUCGAAGAAAGAAGAGAGAGUGAUCUCAACUGCCACUAGGCCUAGGGGCUUGGAGACAUGAAGAAACGUGUUCUGUAGAGCUGACUGCCAUCUCAGAAGGGACUGACCCUGUGUCCAGAAAUGUGUUCCAUACACCUUACUGCUGUGUAGGAAGAGACUUCAACUGCCCUGAAGCUCUGAACUCUGCUCCCAUGCUGCCUACAGGGGUGAUGUGGAGUUGUUGCCGCCCUCAACCCUACCCACUAUGACAUGCUGCCCCACCCCGCUGGAGAGGACAGGUCUGGUGAUAUGUGGAGGCCUCAAUCACUAAGGAGAUACCUUUUCUGAAAGUUCUGACAAUCGGUUGGAAAUCUCAGUGAGAACUGAAGAAAUCUCAGUGGGGAAGAGAAGGGAAACCCACAAUGGAAGUAGCUGGACAGGACCCACUGGAUGAUGUGCAGAUGAUAGAAAUACCGAAAUUAGAAGUCACAAAACAAAACCUUGACUACCUGAACUCAGACCUUGAAAAGGACCUGCAGAGACUGGAUGAGGCAAAUCAAGUUCUUCUCAGGAAAAUUCAAGAGAAGGAAGAAGCUAUUCAAAGUCUGGAAGGAGAGAUUGCCCUGUCACUAGGACGAGCCAAUGAGAGGGAGGAGUUGAACCAUAUCGCAUCAGAGAAGGAGGAAACCUUGAGGAACCUGGAAUCAGAGACAGCAAAGCUGGAAAAAAGUAACAAGAUUCUGAGCAGGAAUGUGGUAGAGCUUCAGAAGAAGAUUUCAAGGAGACAUAAGAAUGAUGGCCUUAAUAAAGAAACCCUAAAGCAGAUGUUGGCAGAACUGAAGGUCAGACUACAAAAGUCAACAGAGUCCUGCACAAAGCAAGAGAAGGAACUGCUCAAGAUAGAGAACGACUACCAAUCUUUGCAUCAGCUCUGUGAGGACCAGGCCCACUACAUAAAGAAAUACCAGGAAAUUCUGAGGCAGAUGGAAAAGGAAAAAGAGGUGAUGCUUCUUGAAAAAGAAGUAUUCAAAGCCCAGAAUAACUCUUCCCAAAUUGUGAAACCUGGGUCAAUUCUGGUAGAGACCAUCCAAAGCAACAUGGAGAAGACUAUCAUUAAGAAACAGAAGAGAAUCUUUUGGUACAGGCAUUUCAGGUGUCUUGUCUUCAUGGUCAUGAUCUUCAUUAGGCUGCUGGGUUAUGCGCUUUUCCACCUGCAGUACAUAAACCCAGACCUUCUUGUGGAUGCCCUACCCAUGGUAAUGAGCAGGGACACCUUGAAGAGACUGAGGGAAGUCUUAUUUCCCUUCCUCACUCUAGAGGUGGAAGAAGUUCUACCGCAUUAAUCUGAAGUAACGUGGGGGGCUCCACAUGGCACCCAGUAGGGAAGGGGGACGUGACUGCAGCCCUGAAUCGGUGGUGGGCCAAGAAGGAAGUGGGAGCCUUGACUUGGAUAUCUGACCUCUUCAUUUCAUUCUAUUCCCUUGCUUUCCCUUUG